UAUACUGCACCACUAACGUUCCAGUUCCGGUACCACCUCGCAGUAGCACUUUAGCUAAAAACGGCGGCGGGAAGUUAUUAUCAACGUUUUAAAUCACGAUUCCACAAAAGCGAAGUGGACAAAAUUGUUAUCUAUUCAAAUUUAACUGCCUAUUAUUGAUGGCUUUGUAGCUGGAAACGCGCCUACGACUAACAAAAGUUUCGCGCGUGGAAUUCAGCUAACAUGGCUAACAUCGGAAACCAACUACCAACACAGGCCGUUACCAAGCCUACAUCGGGGAAACAUGGGAACGUACUGCCCCUAUGGGGUAACGAAAAGACUAUGAACCUAAACCCAAUGAUUCUCACCAAUGUACUGUCUUCGCCGUAUUUCAAAGUUCAGCUUUAUGAACUAAAGACCUACCAUGAAGUUGUGGACGAAAUCUAUUUCAAGGUGACUCACGUUGAGCCAUGGGAAAAAGGAAGUAGAAAGACUGCAGGCCAGACUGGAAUGUGCGGAGGGGUGCGUGGAGUUGGGACUGGUGGCAUUGUAUCCACUGCUUUCUGUCUUCUAUACAAACUGUUUACUCUCAAGCUUACUCGCAAACAGCUGAUGGGUCUGAUCACUCACACAGACUCUCCGUACAUCAGAGCACUUGGAUUCAUGUACAUAAGAUAUACUCAGCCUCCAGCAGAUUUAUUAGAUUGGUAUGACGGCUUCCUGGAUGAUGAGGAGGAACUUGACGUGAAAGCAGGAGGUGGCUGUGUAAUGACCAUUGGAGAAAUGCUGCGCUCCUUCCUGACCAAGCUGGAGUGGUUCUCCACUCUGUUUCCUCGCAUCCCCGUUCCUGUGCAAAAGAUGAUUGACGUGCAAAUGAAAGCAAGACCACGCAAGGUUGCUCAAAAGGAGACGCAAGAGGAUGAGGCAGCGUUCGCAGAGUCGGGGAGACAAGGGGAACGGCGCCACUCCAGGACACCUAGACGGACACCAAGCCCCAGAAGGUCGCCCAAACGGUCGAGGAGCAGAAGCCACCACCGCGAGAGAGAUCGCCACGGCCCCAGCUUUGAUCGAGAGCUGGAAAGAGAGCGUGACCGGCAGAGGAAGGAGAGGGACGGCAGGGACCGAGACAGGGAGAGGGGAGACAGAGGGGACAGGGAAAGACGACGUUCCCGUAGCACAGACAGAAACCAAGACAGACGAGAAAGGAAAAGAAGUCGCAGCAGCAGCCGGGACCGUAGGAAUGAACGCAGGGAAAAAGAAAGAGAUGGAGGAGAUGAAAGGAGCAGGAGAAAGGACCGGGAUCACCAUAAGGAUAGAGGCGCUGAGAGGGAAAAGUCCAGGGAUAAGAAAAACAGAGCAGAGACGGACGAUCGGAGGCAUAAAGAUGAUAGGGACAGACACAGGGAAGACAGGAAGACAAAGAGGUCAAGCCGGAGUCGAAGCAGAGACAGGAGGCAUAAAAGCGGAGGAGAGGAGAAGAGCAGGAAGAGAGAGCGCAGCCACAGCAGAGAGAGGGACAGAGAGAGAGACGGAGAACAGCGUUCUCACAAACGCAGUCGUAGCAAAGAGAGGAGCCAUCAUCAGCGGGAGUCCAGCAAUGAUCACAGUAAACAUAGCGACCGCAGAAGGAGUCAGAGCACUGAGUAAACAUCAGCAAUAUUACUUCUACUCCUGUUUCUCCUCCUUUUCUCUACCCUUGGUCAAUCACUUGUACUAAAGAGAAGGACAUCUGGGGUUGUGUUUGGCCAAUGUAACGUUGCUUUUUGUUUGUUUUCCUGCUGUUCUACUUUCUAUUAGAGCAUUGUUAGUCCUCACUUGAAAUCUGUAAAGUGACAAAAAUGGCAUUUUAAUUUUUUUUUAUGGUUCUUGUUUUCGCCCCCAAGAAGAUAUGGGUUUGUACAUAAUAUCUGGAGCCUGUCUACAAACUAUUAAUGAGCAGAGUUGAACUCAAAAGCUCAGGUCCACACUGUCAGCAUAUACCCAUAUGAUUUAUAAAGAAUAACCAUUAGUAUUUUCAGCCUGCACAAAAGCAAUACACUCUUUAUUUUUAAGAUUUAGCGGAUGUUGCAGUGCAUAGUUGAAUGGUUUAAGUUCAGAUUUCAGCAAAGCUGCGAUGCCGCUCAACCAGUGCUGAGCAGUUGUGUCUGAUCGUGUGUCGACGGUCUGAGAAUGUUUUAAUCCUCUGAAGGGCAGCCUGUUAAGGGUCAUUUUCACCACACACUUGAUCCCUGCUUGUGUUGUGUAUGAGUCAUUGCUCUGUUGGAUUUUGUUUUCUAAUAAAACACUUUUACAAAAUG